UCCAGAAUUUUCUGUCGAUCAGAUAUCAGAUAGAGCCGCACCUGUCAAUUAUCCAUUAAGAAGAAAAGACGUGUUAAAUUUUAAAUUCAUAAUUAACACGACAUGGAGGAAUCCGAAGAUAAUUUUGAAACUUCUGAUCUGCCCUAUGAAGAUAUAUAUGACAACGAUGAUCCGUAUGUUCCGGAUAAACCGGUUUUUGCGGAUUACCAAACUGGUGCUGUUUCUGUCGAACGUAAACAAAGUUCUCAAAGUAUUCCUCCGUAUCCACAUUCAGCUCGUCUUAUAAAUGGCAAGCGUACCUAUAUAUUCAACAAGACAUGGGCCAUGGGCAAAAACACCCUCAAAUCAAAACUAUGGCGGGAGGCGUAUGAAGUGAAGCUGAAGAAGCCGGAGGUUGUUAGGGACCCUAAGCGCAAGGGACACGUGAUCACGAUGUUGCAUCCGUGCCUACACACGGUCAAAGGUCACGUUGAUCCGGAUGCAGACACCAAGUGUCCGCGGUGCCAAAAGCCCAUUUCUACUAGCAACGUUUUUAGAGUUUAAAAAUAAGCUGAAAUUAUCCAUGUGCAAUUACCUAAAACGAAAUACAAAUAAAUUGCACAACAAAUGUGCACAAAGUUUGCAUAUUUGUGUCUGGUUU